GGAGAGAAACCCUUCAAGUGCAGUGUGUGUGGGAAGGCGUUUGCACGUUCAUAUACUCUUGUAACACACCAGAGAAGACAUACGGGAGAGAAACCCUUCAAGUGCAGUGUGUGUGGGAAGGCGUUUGCAGCGUCAUCUUCUCUUGUAUCACACCAGAAAACACACACUGGAGAGAAACCCUUCAAGUGCAGUGUGUGUGGGAAGGCGUUUGCACAUUCAUCCUCUCUUGUAACACACCAGAGAAUACACACGGGAGAGAAACCCUUCAAGUGCAGUGUGUGUGGGAACGCCUUUGCACAGUCAUCUUCUCUUGGAGCACACCAGAAAACACACACGGGAGAGAAACCCUUCAAGUGCAGUGUGUGUGGGAAGGCGUUUGCAGAGUCAUCUUCUCUUGUAUCACACCAGAAAACACACACUGGAGAGAAACCCUUCAAGUGCAGUGUGUGUGGGAAGGCGUUUGCACAUUCAUCUGCUCUUAUAACACAUAAGAGAACACACACGGGAGAGAAACCCUUUAAGUGCAGUGUGUGUGGGAAGGCGUUUAUAAAUUCAUCUCCUCUUGUAAAACACCAGAGAACACACACGGGAGAGAAACCCUUCAAGUGCAGUGUGUGUGGGAAGGCGUUUGCACAGUCAUCUUCUCUUGUAUCACACCAGAAAACACACACUGGAGAGAAACCCUUCAAGUGCAGUGUGUGUGGGAAGGCGUUUGCACAUUCAUCCUCUCUUGUAACACACCAGAGAAGACACACGGGAGAGAAACCCUUCAAGUGCAGUGUGUGUGGGAACGCGUUUGCGCAGUCAUCUUCUCUUGUAGCACACCAGAAAACACACACGGGAGAGAAACCCUUCAAGUGCAGUGUGUGUGGGAAGGCGUUUACACAGCAAGGCAACUCCCAGCAACACCAGAGAACACACACGGGAGAGAAACCCUUCAAGUGCAGUGUGUGUGGGAAGGCGUUUGCACAGUCAUCUGCUCUUAUCAUACACCAGAGAAGACACACGGGAGAGAAACCCUUCAAG